AUGCACAUCCUACAUACAAUAACACUGCUAUGCACCUAUGCCUUCACGCCGCCACGAUCUGCACAGCUCCGAGCCCCCACAAGAAGCUCUGCAGCCCCUGACACAGCCGCCACAGCAAAUGCGUACGACGCCCUAGGCAUCGCACAAGUGCUAGAAGCCCUUCAACAAAGGACAGCAACAUACAGAGGCGCUGAAUCCUUCCGAAGACUCGAUCUCGCAAACACCGUCGAGGACGCGACGCGCCGCUACGACGAAAUACGGUGGCUCCUCAAGGCCGAGCGCACGCACGACGAGACGUGCCUCGCGCUGGCGAACCACAGCCUCGCGACGGCCCUGACGGCGAACCUCGACGCGUUGUUAGACACUUGCGAGAAGGCGACGAUCCCGGAAGUUUCAGAUGUGGCGCUCGCCGCGGACGCGCUGCGCGAGCUCGACGCGCUCUACGCCUGGCUUUCCAGAAGGCGCCUCGACGGCGCCGAGGCCGCCGCCUUGUCCAGUAUGGUCGCGGGCUCGGCCCUCUCCCUCGAAGACGAGGACGCGUACAAAGCCCGGUUGGACUGCCACCCGAUCCGCUUCGCGCUGGAGGAGACCGACGACGGCACGAUCCUGUCCGGCGUCGCCUUUCCCGACCUCGGCGCCGCGCGCGACAGAGCCAAGCGAGCGAGACAAGCCGUCGAGUCCAGCAAGAAGGACGCUCUAGAUGGAGGCCUGAAAGCCGCGGAAAAGGAGGGCGGCUUCUUCCUCCACGAGGGCCGCUGGGUCGUGUCGCAGCGCGCCGGCUCCGCGCCGCCCGGGGCCCUGGUCCACGGCGCGUCGCGGACGGGCCGGACGCAGUACGUCGAGCCGGCGCCCCUCGUCGCGCCGACGAACGAGUGGCGCGCGGCCGAGGGCGCCGUGCGCGCCGAGGAGGCCGCGGCCUUGAGGGAGUGCGGCACGGUCCUCGCGCGCCACGCCGAUGAAUUGAGAUGUGCGUUAGAAGCCGUUGGGAGGGUGGACGCGUGUCGGGCCCGGCAUCGGUUUGGGUUGGACGUGGAAGGCAGCCUCCCGCUCGUCGACGAGGGCGACUCAAUUGAGGUGCGCGACGCGCGCCACGCCGUGCUCGCGUUGCGGAGCGCCGCCGGCGGCCCCGAACCCAAGGGCAACGACGCGGCGCUCGGGCAGGACCACGCGCGCUGUUUAGUCAUCUCGGGCGCGAACGCCGGGGGCAAGAGCGUCUGGCUCAAGACAUUAGGAUUAUGUGCCGCGCUCGUGCGGCUCGGCGCGCCCAUCCCUUGCAGGGGCGAACCGACCAUAGGCGUCUUCGACCCGGUCUUCGCCGACGUCGGCGACGCGCAGUCGGCCGAGGGCAACGUGUCGACGUACGUCGGGCAUCUGCGGGUCGCGGCGGCGGCGGUCGCCGAGGCUCGAUCUUCCGCAACGCUGACGCCUCUGGUUUUACUGGACGAGCUCGGCUCGGGCACGGACGCGGCCCAGGGCGCGGCGUUGGGACGGGCGGUCCUGGAAGAUCUUGUUGAGCACGGCGCGUUAGUCGUGUGUACCACACAUGCGAGACCUCUGAAGGCCCUAGGGCUCCAGGAGGACGAUUCAAGAUUCAGAGCUGCGGCGAUGGCGCCGGGCUUCAAGUGCAUCGAGGGCCGCGCGGGCGAGUCCGACGCGCUCGAGGCCGCGCGGACGAAGGCCGACUUUCCGCCCGAGUUGCUGGAGCGGGCCGAAGUGUUGCUCGGCGACGACGAGCGGCGACUGGCUACCUUGGCGCGGGAUUUGGAUAAAGCUAGAGAGAGCGCCGAGGCGGCCGAAGCCCGGGCGAACGAGGCUUUAGCUUCCGCCCGCGAAGCUGAGGCUCGCGCGGAAGAGCGCUUCCUCGCCGUCGAGGCCGAGGCGAAGAAGAAGGCGGCGCUCCAAGCGCAGGACUACGAGGCGCGCGUCGCUGCUUUGGAGAAGGAGCUGCAGCGGGACAUGCGCAGAGGGGCAUCAGACGCCUUCGGGAGCAGCAAGGUCAUCGAGGAAGCCAAGGCCGCGGCGGUCAAGGAGGCGCAGACCGCCGCCGUCGAGGCCAAGGGCCUGGAGCCGCUCGCGAGCGACGCUUCGUUGAGCGCGGGCGACGCCGUCGCGGUCCUGAAACGUGGGCCGUUCUUCGCGCGGACCGCGAAGGUCGAAGCUCUGCUGAACAAGGGUGUAGUAUUGGUACACGUCGACGGCGUCGCCACCGAGAUGGGCGGCGCCCUGAAGCUCAAGCGCAAGGAUUUAGCAAGGGCACCGGCCGGAAUGCCAGCACAAAAACAACAAGCGUCUCCGCAGCAGCGCAAGGGCCGCAAGGUGCCCAAGCAGCUCGUCGGCCUCGACGGGACUGAACCAUCGUCGAACAACGGGAAGGCGGCCGAGAAGACGCCCCAGAUGCGCACGGCGCAGAACACCCUCGACUUGCGGGGCCAGCGCUACGACGACGCCGAGCGCGAGACGGACUACUUCCUCGACCGCAUGACGCGGAGCGGCGGCCCGUGCUACAUCCUGCACGGCCACGGCACGGGCGCGCUCAAGACGGGCCUCCGGCGCUUCCUCAAGGCGGAUGCGCGCGUCAAGAGCGCGUCGCCCGCGGCCCACGACGACGGCGGCGACGCCUUCACGCGCGUCGAGCUGCGGCGAUCCUAG